UCCUGCAAGCACAUCUGAGACUGCACAGAACUCUGCGCAGACCCACAAGUCCAACGCACAAGCUUGCUAAAAGGAAUGCAGCACGUGUCCAUUCUCACGCUGGUGAAAAGUUGCGUUCAAGUGUUGUAGUAGCCGCCUGGAUCUGCAGUUGUCGUGCGCCGGACUGAACCGAACCGAGCCUACAGGUUGUUGUGGGCCCGGCUGGACUUAUGUGUUUAUGUUUGAGUGCACAGCGGUGGGACAUCCGGAAUGGGGAACCCGUAGACGGAGACUCGCACGCGCUCGCGCACAAAAUGGAUUUGAAGGGGACCACUUUUGGAAGGUUUAUGAAUUGUAGGGUUCCGGCCAAUAAGAGAUACCAGCCGACGGAAUAUGAACAUGCUGCUAACUGUGCUACACACGGGUUAUGGAUUCUACCGAGCCUGGUGGGUGGUUCUGUGCUGUACUUCCUGUCAGGGGACCUAUGGCAUCGCAUUGCUGCCUGGCUAUAUGGCAGCGGACUCACAGGCCUCUUUGUCACCUCAACACUCUUCCAUGCUGCUGCCUGGAAAAUCAGCCACCUCAGAAAGGUGGAGCAACUUUUCCACAUGUGUGACCGGAUGGCCAUCUACUUCUUCAUAGCGGCUUCAUACUCUCCCUGGUUGAUGCUGAGGGAACUGGGCCCGUGGGCAUGCCACAUGCGCUGGCUGAUUUGGGUCAUGGCUUUUUUCGGGUCAAUAUAUGUCUUCUUCUUCCAUGAGAGGUACAAGCUGGUAGAGUUGCUGGGGUAUGUGGCCAUGGGAGCUGUUCCUGCUCUGGUCAUCCUGUCUAUGGUGGACCACGAAGGUGUGUGUGAACUCGCCAUGGGAGGAGUCUUCUACGUAGUGGGUGUGGUCUUCUUCAAGAGCGAUGGUUUCGUCCCCUUCGCUCACGCUAUUUGGCAUCUUUUCGUGGCAGCCGGAGCAGGAAUUCACUACUACGCCAUCUGGAGGCACCUCUACUUGCCUCAGACCCUCAUGGAGACCUCCAGGUGAUGGCGAGCCUCUCUCACACUGAGAGAAUCCAUUCCAAGUUGCUUGCUGAGAAAACACAAUGUCUGAGGCAGAAAAAGAAGUGGUCUUAAAUAAAUAGCUGCUAUUUGAUAGGUCAGAGACGAUAAUGUAACUACUCUAAACAAGUCCUUGAUGAUAGUAAAGCACAGCGUUGAAACCCUUGAUGCCUGAAUUUACAUAAAGCAUUGGUGGAAUACGAAUAGUAUUAAUACAAAAUAUAGAAAAUUAAAUUGAAAAAAAUACAGCGAAAAAUCGGAAAAUCUUUUAAAAUAAUUAAAAUGAUAUAUUUUUAAAAAGUUGAAGUAAUUAUAGAAAAUUAAAUAAAAAUUGUAUUUAACAAUAAAUGUUUUGGGUAUAAUUAAAAAAACAUUAUGAAUAAAUUGGAAUUGUUCUCAUAAAUUCAUCCUUUUUUACUUUUAUAUUGUCACAUUGAAAAAAAAUCUUUAUAAUGUUCUUAUUUUUUUUCCGUCAAUGCUUUUUGAUGUACAGUGAUCCCUCGUUUUUCGCGGUUAAUGGGGACCAGAACCAGCAGUGAUGAAUGAAUAACCAUGAAGUAGCGCACCCCCCCCCCCCCCCGCUCUAAUUUUUUUUUGUGUGUUCACUGUAUUUAUUCAGAUUUUUCAUUGGAAAGAGAUACAUAUAAGACUUUUUUCUUCAAUAUAUAUUUAAAAAAAACUUUAAUGUAUAUAUAAUUUCAAUAAAUUGUUUUUAUGCACUUCAAAUGUAAUAAUUAUAAGUUUUAAACAUGUUACUGUCCCACUGAAAGAAAAAAUGUUGACGCCCAAUCUAUUUAAAAAAAAAAGUUGAAAAGUGUUUGUCUUUAUUAAAUGCGUUAUUGAGUGACUACUCAAGCUGCUCACUUACACACAAUGAGUUGCCACAGCAAGUUAAACUUUGAAAUCUCGGCCUACCAGCGCCUCUGGCAAGAUCAAAGCUUAACUGUUGGUCAAUCAUCGUUCACCCUAAUAAGCAACUCCAGUACACUGCCUGACCAUUAAAGAGCAGGUAGAGGGAGAGUGAGACAACGCGAUCGGCUCGGGACGGCUCAUCUGUAUUUAAUUUUUUAAUUGAAAAAUCCGUGAUGGACUGAGGGUGCGAAGUUUGAAGCGCGAAGUAGCGAGGGAUCACUGUAUACAGUAUAUGUUACGCGUACAUUCAGGCAGCACUAAAUCACUAAAUAUGCUUCUAUAAUCAUUUUGAGAGGACUAGUCAUAGUAGAAGUCUUUUAUUUUCAUUACCUUAUAGGUACAACAUUGAUUUGCAACAACGUUUAGAUGACCAAUAUUUGGUUAAAUGAGAACUCUGAGAUGAAUAUUAACAGCAAAAGAAUAUUUUACUCUCCUGGGUUUUAGCUUGCAUCAUUUGCACUAGGUGGAAUACCCAAGGUUAUGUUACACUGUACAUUCAGGCAGUUUUAAGGCAGGAAAUCAAGCCUAAUUAGAAUGUUUUUCAUUUUUUUCCCUCUGUUCCAAUGCAUCAAAUUUCACUUUUUCACUUUUGUUAAUGAAAAAUGAAAGUACUUCAAGUUCACAAGCUGGUGCCGUGGUGCCGUGUGAUAUUGAAUAAAAUCCAUUUUUUAUCACAAUAAUGACAUGCCUUGAUAUAAUACAUUUGGUGAAAAACUAUCAAUUAUGAUAGCUUUUCACACUUUUGACUUGCCAUUAAAUUGACCUGCAACAAAUGUUAAAUGCAUCAAGUAAUGAUGAAACCUAAAACUAUCCGGUGUGAGCAUGAGCAGCACAGUAGCACACAUACUUUUGCUCAAAUGUAAAGAUAGCUCAUUAUUUACUAAUACUUAUGUGUGGUUUUGAAUUUUAAGACAGCUGUGUAUUAAGUUAGAAUAAUAGCAAUAAUAAAUUACUUAUAAAAUUGGAACGAAUUGUGUUGUCUGUGUUGAUUAAUGUGCUACUACUUUUGUCUUGCAUGCAUUACUCAUGUACGGUCAACAGGGGAAGCCAAUUUGCUAUUGCGUGGCGAUAGGCAUAUCUGGUGUCUGAUUGCUGGUGCUAAUAUGGCAUACGGCAGGGGUGUCCAAGAGAUGUAAUGAAAGCAAAAUUCUUGGCCAAAACUGAAUAUCGGAAACACUUGGCCGAAUAAACGAAUAAUACUCAUGUAGGCCUAUACAAUUCAACUUUUUAAUUUUUAAAAUUUCAUUAUUUUCCAAUGAAUCACAUCACAAGAGGAGUACGGUUUUUCACACUUUUCGGUGGUAAUAUAAAACUGAGAAUGCAAUUUUAGCUAUUUUUGGUGCAGAAUUUUCGGUCACAUCUAUAGUGUCCAAACUUAAGGGCCGCUGUGGGUCCUGGUUUUUGUUCCAAUUGAGCACAUACCGUUUAACCAAUGAGGUUUCUGCUAAAACAAGCAGCACCUGACUACAAUCAACUGAUUACACUUGUUAGACACCAGAUUGGUGGAAAGAUCCCUUUUUGUUGAAAAGAAAUCCAGCAUCCACUGCGACCCGAUAUGGAAUAAUUUUGGGACCCCUGGCAUAUGGAAUCCAAACUUCAGCAAGUCAGCAAAGUUGGGCGCCAUCUGCUGGCCAAAAUGUGCAUUGCAGGAACAGGUCUAAUUAUGGCGAUAAUGACAAAAUAAAAUAGGAAGUUUUAUAUCAUUUUGGCUACACAUACUGUACUGUACAGCACUACUAUGCAGCAGUAGUCUCAUCAUUCAGUUCAGUUCAAAUUUGUAUGAACAAUAUCAAUGCUCAUUUGAAGUGAAGGUUCUUUGAUUUGAUGACGCUCGAGUCCUUUACAGAUGAGGUAAAAUGUCACUUGCAACUGUUAUUUUUUUUUGUUGCCAUAUUUUUGUCAAAACUUUAUGCACUUUUUACUAAUAAAUCCCUAUACUUCAAAAACUUCCCCAAAUGUUUUGCAAACACCUCUGACCGGCAAAUCUGGAGGCUCUGGAGAUAUUUUUUCCCCCACAUUUUUCUAUAAAUCAAAAUGAUUUGUAAAAUGAAAUUAAGUUGCAUUAACUCUUUCAGUGCUAUUGACAAUGAUAGAUUUCCAUUCAUCCUUCUCCCGUGAAUUGAAAUGAGUUCAUCAUUAGCAGACGUCCAAUCCAUUUGUAGGGGGCGGGUGGCAGCAAAUUAACAUUUGUUCACUCACUGCCACCUGUCCCACUUCAGAUGACUUGGACGUCUAUCGCUGUCAACGGCAGCAAAGGAAAAAAGAUAAUAUAUUACUGUAAACAGAUGUGUUUUUCAUCUUUUUUCCUCUCAUGAUUAGGCAUGUAUUUACAAAAAGUGCUGCAGUAUAAAGGUGGAUAAUUUUGUUCAUGGAUUACUCAAAGGCUCCCAAGUUCAAAUCUCAAGGACCAUUCAGCGAAAAGUCAGUUGUGAAAGAUUUCAGCUCACCCUCAACUCUAAACAGAAGCAGGUAUACAGCUUGGACACUGAUGUUGGUUUACAUGCUUGUAUAGGGUGACGGAGAAGUAGGCGUUUGCUGAGAACGUGACGUGUGCCCCUGCAUGAGUGUUGUGAGCGCUCGCAGUUGGAGCGGCAUGGCCACGUUGGCGUCUUGGUGCCACUGCGGUGUAGUGACGUGCGGUGGUGGGUUCAGGACGCUUUGUGCAACACCAGGAGUCUUCAGGAGAGCGCACAACUCCUCCCCAAGAGUUACUAUGGAAGCAAGGUCCUCUUCGUCCUCGCACCAUGAAACAGAUCCACCACUAGAUACUUUCCUCAGUUUAGAAAGGAACAGGGACACCCUAUGGAUGUUAAAAAAACAAAAACAUUACAGAUCAUACAGUUCUCACGAAAUUUUCAACUUGAUAUUGAUACUCAAAAAUAUAAUUCAAUUUUUGAUAGUACACAGAAAAAACAGUGUUUCUCCAUUGCUGGUCAUUAUUAUUGUGAAAAAAUAAAAUUCUCGAACUGCCCAAGAAUAAACAGAAAGUGACCCAGAACAAACAGGAAGUGACCCAGGAAUACACCAAAAUCAACAGAGACCGAGAGUGACCCGUAAGUACCCCAAAACCAAUGGAAGGUUGCCCAUAAUGCCCAAAAAUGUACCAGAAGUGAGUAGUGACCCAUAAGUACUGUAAAAUUAACAAGAAAGUACAGGUAGUCCCCAGGUUACAAAUGAGUCCCGUUCUCACGCUGGCGAUGUAACCAGAAUUUCCUCGUAAGGCGGAAUGAACCCUUUUAAGUACCCCAAAAAUUCACCCUAAAUCUCAAAAUAACUAUGUAAAAACUUGUAUUAUACGUCAUUGUACUGUCCUUACCAAGACGUUCCAGCUAAGUCUUAGCUAGACAGCGAGCUAAGCUGUAAUCUUUCCCCUCUCUUGCUCUUCGUGUGCGCAAAUACGGUCUUCUUUGUGUGUACAUGCGCUCUUACUCGCGUACGGAAGUACUAUCUGCUCUAUAUGGUGGCCGAGAGGUGUCAGGCGAAAUGCAAAGUCCAAACACUUUGCAAAUAGAAAAAAAGCACGAACCCAAAUUACAAACGCUUUGCAAAAGAAAAAAGCACGAAUGCAAACUGCCACAACACGAUCCCCAAUUCCUAAAGCGUGAUUGCAAAUUGGCAAAAGCACGAACCCAAAUUACAAACACUUUGCAAAAGAAAAAACCACGAAUGCAAACUGCCACAACACGAUCCCCAAUUCCUAAAGCGCGAUUGCAAAUUGGCAAAAGCACGAACCCCAACUGCAACAACACGACAGCAAAUGGCUCGCAGCACGAAUGCAAAUUGUCACAACACGAUCCCCAAUUCCUAAACAGCGAUUGCAAAUUGGCAAAAGCACGAAUCCCAACUGCCACAACACGACAGCAAAUAGCUCGUAGCACAACAGCAAACGGCUCACAGCACAGCAGCAAAAUCACGCAACACAACGGCAAGAGGAUGACCCGGAAGUUUAAAAAAAAAAAAAAAAAAAAAAAAAGACGACACUUUAUACACUUUAAAUGUGCUUUGUGACCAUCUAUACGGACCUCCAUGAAGUUGCCCCCAUCAGACGCAAAUUUAUAUAAAAAUGAUGUCAAUCGUUUGUGCUGCAACGGUUUUGUAGCUCCAGUGUUAUGCUUUUAUUGAGAUAUUAAUUUCGAGUGGUGACAUCACUCGUAGCUUUUCCUCAGUUUAGCUCCCGAGGCUAAUGGAGCGUACCAACUCUCUCAAUAACAGAGGGGUGCCAUAAUAACUAGCACGACCAUAACACAAAUUCGGGUCCAUUUUGCAGUAAAUUGGGGGCUUGAGAUACUAAUUUCGAGUGCUGACAUCCCUCUAAGCCCCUCAUUUACAGCAAAAUGGUUCCGAUGUGGUGCCAUUCGUUUGUGCUACGUUCGUGUUUGCUAGUUCUUAGGACACCCCAGUUGGGA